UUCAGGUGUUUAAUGUUAUUAAUUUACAUAAUUUGUACUGAGUCAACAUGAAAUCUUGUCCUGAAUGCAGCUAAACGGAUUCUUAACAUAAAAAUCAGAAGCUCAUAUCUGAUAAUAAUUUCCAAAAGCAGAUUUGCACAGAAAGCAUUCAACUUGUUCCAAAGGAUAUUUCUGGCAUUAAAAGUGGCAGAGCAAGCUCAUUUUUCCACAGAAGGUAAUUAAUACGCAAAACUCCUCUGAUUGUCACAAAGAUUUGUAUUUUUAUUUAAUUGUCCGGGUAAUUAUGGAGCAAAUUAGCACAUUUCAGGAAAGAAAAGGGUUUUAGUUCUAGUUCCCUUCUGGGGCGCCUUAUUAAUUUCCUCUCCUUCUUAGAUGUGAUGAAAAGGAGCCAUAAAUCUGCGUGAUCGGUGAAGGCCAAUGGGAAAUGGCCCCAUAUUUCACCGCUGCUUUAAUAGAAAUAUUCAUGCGGGGCCCUUAAUGAAAUUAAACCCGUGCGGAUGGGACAAGGCGCGGGAUAAUCGCAUUUGCGGUUGACAAGUCUUCCAUUUUGUUUCUAUCAAACACCCAAAGGUGAUGAUCUUUUAUUUUUAGACCAAAACAGGAGCGCGCGCACUUUUCAGGCGCUAGAUGUCAAGUAAAGCAAACGUGGGAAUAAAUAAAACAGAGUCGAAUUAGAUGUGAGCAUAUUUUGGAUAAAAUCAGCAGGUUUAGUCAUCCAAACCUGUAAGCAGAACCCAAAACUCAAACCUUUCCAUCCCGUUGCAGCUUUCCAGCCGCGCAUCAAUCUCCUAGUUAUCAUUCUGUAAUUGGUCAUGAUCAUCGAGGUCCACAAUUAAACGGCGAUCCUUUACUAGAAAACUAUCAGCUGACUUGUUGAUUUCCCCUGAGCAAAUAAACGUCCCGCAGGAGCAGCUCGGCUGAUGAAUCGACCAAAACUAAUCAGCUUUAUUGGUAGACAGGUUAAGGGCAACGUGGUGUCAAUAAUUCUCAUUUUGACCUCCUCUUCCAUUAAGUUUAAGUGGCUUAUUAGACCGAAUUCAUCUGGAGCUGCGGGCCUAUUACAUCUGUCUCCAUCUCACUUUAAGGUUUUCAAUUAAGUGAGUUUUUUUUUCUUUAUUCCUGGGUGCGGCUAAGGGAUUUAGGUGAAAAUUUAGGCCACUUUUUGUCACUAAUGAUCAAAAAAAUGUUCAAUUGAAAAAAAAAAGGAAAUCAAAGAAUAUCGGGGUUUGGGGAACUUCAACACUGAGCCACUAUGAGACAGUAUAAAUAAAUAAAUAAAUAAAUAAAUAAAUAAAUAAAUAAAUAAAUAAAUUUCACCAGAUUUCACGCGCAACUUUCUUUUAAAUCCAUAAAAUCUGCUCAGUGGUUCCUAUUUUCUGAGAUGAAAACACCCCAUGGCAAACAUCUUUUCUGCCCUAAAAGGGGAUAAAACGUAAUUUUUAAACCAAUGUUUUGUUACAGAAAUUAAGUUUCAGCCGACUAAUGGAGCCAGUGCGCAUCUGCCACCUUUAUUGGGGGGAGUGACAGAAGGAGGGCUUUUAUUUAAAUUUCCCUGUUGCACGUGCUUCAUUAUGCAGAAUGCUCAUUUUUGUUUAUUUAUUUAUUUACAUCUGGACUCAUAUAGCUUGACUCUUAAAAUGAAAACAAACGUAAAAAACAAACUAUCAUGAUUUAAAGAAAGGGUAUGUUGAUCUGGAAGAAUUUGAUUUUUAAACAAAUUUUUUGCAGCUGUUUUAUGUCUGCAAAACCAGCAAAAACAUAAAUAAAUAAAUAAACCAAUUAUUAAAAAGUAAACCAGUGUUUUUAUAAUGAAACACGACGGAUCCAUCCAAAUGUUUGCGUCAUUCUCCAUUUUCUUGUAAAAUAUGCAGAGCAGCAUUGACGCUGCGCGCUCCCAUGACGGGACAGACCCCCCUCCCUCUCAGACUGCUGCACCAAUCGCCUCCAUCUGAGUGGAAUUAAGAGUCAAACGCAGCUCCUCGCUCACACUCCGGAUCACAUCCUAACUUUUGAAAGGUGGAGAAAACGGCGCUCUCCUCUCCUCCAACUUUUCGCAGCCGCAGAGGCGACAAAGGGACGCGCACGAGGUGACCCAAUGGAGAAAUCCAAAAACUUUCGCAUUGACGCGCUUUUAGCAAUCGAUACGCCCAAGGCGCAAACCUCGCCGCUGGCACUUGUGACUUCCAUGACCUCCUCCUCCUCCGCCACCGCUUCCUCCAUCCCGCAUCCUGGAAGCGGUGCAUCCGCUGAGCUGAGCGCCGAGUCUUUACGCACCGAGACGCCGUCUCCUCCCAGGAUCUCCACCUGCGGCUUAAUUCCCAAACCAGGUUUUCUGAACAGCCCGCACAGCAUGGUUGGAUUACACCCGCAGAGCACCGCGGGGAUCCCGGCGCAGGCUCUCUACGGUCACCCCAUGUACACCUACUCCGCUGCUGCGCUCACAAGCCAGCAUCCAGCCCUGGCCUACUCCUACCCGCACGGAUCCCAUCACCACCACACCAGCGAUCCCAUCAAACUGACGGCCAGCACCUUCCAGCUGGACCACUGGCUGCGCGUCUCCACGGCCGGGAUGAUGCUCCCAAAAAUGUCCGACUUUAACUCUCAGGCGCAGUCUAACCUGCUGGGGAAGUGCAGAAGACCCAGAACCGCGUUCACGAGUCAGCAGCUGCUGGAGCUGGAGCAUCAGUUCAAACUCAACAAGUAUUUGUCACGACCCAAACGCUUUGAGGUAGCCACGUCCCUCAUGCUGACGGAAACGCAGGUAAAGAUCUGGUUCCAGAACAGACGCAUGAAGUGGAAGAGGAGUAAGAAGGCCAAGGAGCAGGCCGCUCAGGAGGCCGAGAAGCAGAAGGGCACCAAGGGCGGACAGGAGAAAUCCGACGGACUCGAACAAUCGGAUUAUCACAGCAAGACGGACUCAAAAAACGGUCGAAUCAGAGACUUCCGGGACAGUGAUGAGGACGAGGGAGACAACUUCCUGUACAACUCGUCGGAAUGUUCCUCGGACGACGAGCGGAAUCACAACAGCGAUGUCAGUCCGCAACCAUGAACUUGAUCUGAC